AUGAAGGCAAUCCAAGAGUCGAGAAUUUCAAUAAUUGUCUUCUCAAAAAACUAUGCAUCAUCAAGAUGGUGUCUUGAUGAACUUUUGAUUAUCCUUGAGCACAAGAAGACUGUUGGUCAUAUGAUUCUACCCGUUUUCUAUCAUGUGGAUCCAUCCCAUGUAAGAAAUCAGUCAGGGAGUUUCGCAGAAGCAUUUGCUAGACACGAAGAGCGAUUUAAGGCAGAGACAAAAGAAAUAAAAGAGGAAGGGUUGGACAAGAUACAGAGGUGGAAGACAGCUCUAAGAGAAGUUGCAGAUUUGGCAGGGAUGGUUAUAACAGAUGGGUAA